AUGUCAGAUAUUCUUCUGGCUGAAUACACAUUGAAACGUGCUUUACGUGAACAUACCACCGAUUUAGCUCCAACAAGUAAUCCACAUUUAUUAUGUACACCAUUGCCUAAACACUGGCGUUCGAAUAAAUCAUUACCUAGCCAAUUUCGUGUGGUCAGUUUAAUUCCAGUACCAGAUGGUACACGUGUAACUGUAACAGCGGGAAAUGAGGAGCGUCCAUGUGCUGAAUUAAAAAAUCCAGUCACAAUAAUGCAUGGACAUGAAGCACGAUUUAGUGAUCUACGAUUUCUUGGUCGUAGUGGUCGUGGUAAAUCUUUCAAUAUAACCAUCACUAUAGAAACCACACCACCUAUUGUAGCACUUUAUGCUAGAGCAAUCAAAGUGACAGUCGAUGGACCACGUGUGCCAAGAAGUAAAUAUUCUACCGCAAGAACAGGCAGAAUUCACAAAGAAAUGAAAAGAUUGGGAUCAAGACAUCAAAAUCUCUGUGAACAUUCAACUACAAAUCGUUCUUUUCUUAGUCGUAACAACUAUCCAAUUCCUGAUGAUCUUCAGAGAAACAAAUUGAAAAGGGUAGCACAUGAUAUGAAUUCCAAUGGAUUUGAUGAUAAAUUUAAAAAACAUAACGCACUGCCAACACGAUUUUCUCCACCAAUGUUGAUUCAAGAAGAAUUAGCUUCUGUUGCAUCAGAAACAACAAAUAUUACAAAUAAUGCUACAAAACCAUUGAAACUUCCACGAUUGAUACAAAAAACAAAUGACAAGUCAUCUUCUCCAAGCGAAAGUUCAAUAAAAUCUUUCGGUUCCAUUAGUGAUACAAGUGGGAUAGGAUUUUCACCAUAUGAAUCAACUUAUUUGCUGUCUUCUAUCAAUGAAGCAUAUGCCAAAUUAUUAGCCAGGCAAACAAGUUUGGAUAAAAUGACAUUUAACACAACGACUACUUCAAAUAAUGCACCGAGUUUCGCAACAACUAUUCACCAAGAUAUCAGUAGUGCAGAAAAGAGUAAAGUUACGAAUUCAGUAAAUAUUAAUAUACAAACGAAGGACAGCCACAUUCCACACUCGUUGGAGACAUUUUCACCUGUUUCCUUCUUUUCAACACUACUACACAAUAAUAAUACUAACAGUCGAAUUAGUUCAAAUCAUAUUCCCACUAAACAUCAACAAGAUAUCAAUUACACUAUCGCAUAUCCGUCUAUGUUGAACUUAAAAGAGAUCGGACCUAAUAUAAAUUUGAUGAAAAAUCCUUGCCAACUAAAGGAUAUGCAUGAUACUGUUAUUCCUGUUCGACUCAAUCACUUAGAUACAUCCACAAGUAGUAAUUUUAGUAAUAACCUUCAAACAAGUAAUGUACAAAAUAAUUUAGACUGUCUUCGGAGCGUACCACAAAACAGUGCAACAUGUAAUAGAUCUUAUCAGUCAGAUAAUUCAUCCUGCUCAUUAUUAUCAUCAUUUUUAUAUUCGAAUACGACUUCUGUGUUAAAUCCAACAAAAUUUAGUAUAAAUGAAGGUAAAACGAAAGUACUACCAGGUUAUUCAAAGUGGGAAGAGUUUGACUAUCGUCAUUAUUAUAAUACAUUUACAACAUUCCUGUCUGGAAUGUUAAAUAUGUCAGGUAUAAAUGCUUAUUGCUCAGGGACUAAAAAGAUGAAUGGAACCACUUGUAACAGUGAUAAUUUUCGAAAUAUACAUCCUAGUUUCAACAAUAUGAAAUGGAAUCAACAUGUUCAUAAUGAUAAAAAUAACAACACGCCAUGUUUAAACAAUGAAUCUGCAGAUUUGAACACAACAUAUAAUCAAACAUCUGAUAAGAAUGAAUCGUCAAAUCAUGUGCUUAGUAUAGAACACUUGUUAGAUUUAAAUACACACAGUACUGCAAACAAUAAUACAAAUCAUAGUAAACAUGACAAUAAACAUAUGUCAGUGGAUGAAUGCACUCCUGAUUAUUCAAAUUUAAUGAGUACUCCGAAUAAUAAGUAUAAUUAUGUAAGUUAUUUACCACAAACUAUACCAGAUCCAUUGUUGAUUAAAUCAAUUUUGGCUCGUCAUUUAAUUGAAAAUAAGUCGUUUCGAGUUUGAAAUGAAUUCAUUACGUUUGAAGACGGCUAAAAUAUCGCGAAUUUAGGAGGCAGCACACGUGAUCUUCAUUUGUUUUCGUCAUAAAUAAUUAUGGCAUAUAAAGGAGACAAUGUAAACAUACGCAAGCGUAUUUUCAAACUUUUAACGAAAUUGUAUUACGUCAACAUUUUACCUCAUAUAUAUAAUUAUAUAAAUGGAGAUUUAUUGUACCCUUUAAACUCACAUGCAAAGCAAUA